ACCCCCAUGACGUUGCAGUGGCGGGACUUGUGAAAAACUAAAAUAUAGAAAAGCAGUGUAUUGUUUGGAACGUAAUAAUUUAGCUAGAUUAAUCCGACAGUCAGAAUGAGAUAUUAGUUUUCUACAUAGAUAUUUCUAAAUAUUGGGGGGGGAUGGGUUCUAAAAUAAUUUCCGACGCCAACCGUUUUGUCGACUCCUUGAAAAGGUUGUGUCAAGAAAACGACGCGGAUGAACUAAUAUACGAGGACAACAUCCAGAUCUCCUUGGUAAAACAAAAAGUGCCACUGCACAAGUUAAUCUGCGGAAAUCUCCCCGUCCUCGUCGUUGGGAAAAAACUGUAUCUAGAAAAUGCGCAGGAAAGGGAAGAAGACGAAGAGGACUCGCUGCCCAGUGAGGAUUUACUCAAUGACGAGGGAAGUAGUGAGCAGCAAUGUGUCUCUGCUCCUCAACCCCUGACACUGACGGCAGCAAGGCAGCUGUUGUCGUGGUACACGAUGAGCCAGAACCCGAACAUGCCCACCGUCCUGUGCCCUCCUCUCCUGCCUCUCUGGGUGCGCUGUGACAUGAGCGAUGCCCUUGGCACGACGUGGCUUGGUGCAGAAACCGUCUCUGCUGGCAACAAAGUCAGUGGCAUCAAAUUGUAUACAAUUUGCAGUAAAGAGGCAACAGAAGAUAAGUCGUCAUUUAUCAGUUUGGACGCACUGAUGGAGCUGCACCAGAAGAGACACCAUGCAUCUGCAGUAGAGACCAAGGGCUAUGCUCAGUACAACCUGUUUGGCUCUAUUGUGGUAGAGAACACAGUCAUCGAGUCGCAGUGCAGCAUCACUGCCGUCUUCAAGUGGAGCAACGUGGAGAAGGUCUUUCAGAUGCCGCCACAGUCUUCUGAGGCCGUUCUGGAUAUCAAGUUGGCGAUCGGAGAUAUGAAGAGCCCCUUGUAUGAAACCUACAAAGAACUGGAGUUUUUGGAGACUCUAGCCCAGGGCCUUCGGACAGGUGAAGCAGAGUGGCCGGACCCCACUGACCCCAGGUCAGCCAUGGACCUGACGAAAGCUCUCGUGGAAGAGCUGGAGAGCAUUGGGAAGACAGGCCAGGGGCAGGCUGGGAAGGGGGCUGAGACACAGAGAGAAGCCAAGCCAGACACCCCAGCGGCGGCAGACAAGGGGAUCAACAUCUACAGCUCUGUAGGCCUGGACCGAGGGGAUCUGGACUUCACCGACCAGCUCUGGGUCAAGAUGAGAAGCAGUAUAUCCUCAUACCAGGAUAUAAUAGACUGUCUGAAGAUGGUCAUCUCUGCUGUCAAACAUGGUCAGAUCAAACCAUGGGUGCACAGGAACAGCAGUAACUCGCUGGGCAGGGUCAUCCUGCAGUCCUACAAGCAGAAGAUGGAGGCGGUGUGUCUGACCGGUCUCACCCCAGUGCACAUGCUGCUGGAGAUGGGCUUGGACAAGAUGAGGAAGGAUUACAUCAACUACCUCAUCGGGCGGGAGCUGACCACUCUAAAUAACCUGAGUUACUACAUGUGCACAGACGUGGACCUGCAAGAACAGGUGACCAGAGUGAAGAAACUACACCACCUGCUGGAGAUCCUGGUGAUCUGCAGCACCUUCCUCAGCCUGCCCUACGAGUGCCUGUUUCCAUUCAUACAGUCCUGCCUGAAGUACUAUAAAACAAGCCCUUACGAUGAAGAGCAUGUAUUUCAGAUGCAAAUCAGACCCGUUGUGAUCAGCAACUUCUACCAGAAGGAGGAGCCCAUGUCGUGGGGAGCAGAGGUGUUCAGUGGUCAAGGCUCUCGAGAGGUCCGAACGUCCUUUCACCUGAGCGAUCAGCCCCUGGUGGAUCAUGUGACCUUCUCCUCAGAUUUGAAUAAGACGACGGCAAACGGGGACAAGGAGGAGACGGCCUUCUUCAGUACCACGGUGACCCACAGCCUGAUCAACUUCAUCUAAAGUCCUCACAGAUGUGCCAUGUUAAGCGGUUUCCUUGACAAGAACGGAGUUAUAGCAUCAUAUUUCUGCUGUGGACCAACUGUCAUAUCUUUUCUAAUAUGUAUGAAAUAAACGUCAUUAUUAAUGACAUAUUAAUUCA